AUGGAUUUUUGUAAAGAACAUUGGGAACAACCUUUUACAUUUUAUUGUUCAACUUGUAAAGAGUUAAUUUGUAAUGAAUGUAUUGUUUCACAUCAAUCACACACGUUCUGUACCAUCAGUAAAAUGAGAGUGGAAGAGGAAAACAAUCGUUUCUAUAUGAAGAAUAUCGAAUAUCUUUGGAAACAAUUGAAAUGUACAGCAACUACAGUUGAAACACUCAGAAAAACAGAGUCAGAGAUUGCAGAGUUCUACAAAGAACUUCAUGAUCUUCUCAUUCAAGAGGAACAUAAGAUCAAGAAACAAGUUAUCUCAGAGGUUGACAAAGCAGCUAUGUUAAUUCUGGAUACUAUUAAAGAGAUACAAACAACAAAACAUGUCAUCGAAUCAAUGGGCCUGGAGAUAAAGUUUGAAACCAGUCAAGAAAGUAACAACAACAAUGAUGAUUCAUCUUUCAGUGAGCAGGUGGAGCAAAUGGUUACCGAAGAAAGUUCGUCUGACGAAAUUGCUAAUAUUAAAGUUAUCGAAGAAGAUAUCAAUAAACUGAUUGAUACAAUUGGUCAAUGUUCAAAUUUAAAAUCAUUUUUGAAAACUGAAUCAUUAUUUCCAAAGUCAGUUGGAGAGAGUGACAAACCAAUGGAUCAGAAGCAAUUAAUUGAAUGUAUGGGAUACAUUGCACAACUCAAACCAACUAUUUCAAUUCAAUUACCAAUUGAAUACGAAGUUAAGUUCUCUGAAGAAGCUAGAGAUAGCAUUGUUUCAAGUAUUCCUCAAUUAAACGAUCUAUAUGACAAGAACAGAAAGUUUUUGAUUAUUCAUAAGAGUGAUGGAUGGAUUAAGUUGGAUCUCUCAAACGAAUCUAUUGGCAAAGUUGGCACACCUACAAUUGGUAGCUAUUAUUCAUUAUCAGUAAAUGGACGUGAUUCACUGAUGGGUGCUAGCUCAUUAUACACGUUCCAAGAUAAUAAUUGGAAGACACAGUCUUUAAUUAAGUCAAUUUCGAAUAUUAUUAGUUCAUGUCACGAUUACGAGAAUAACAUUUUUUAUAUAUUUUAUUCAGAGCAGCUAAACUUCAAGUCUCCUUUGUAUUACCAUUUGUUGAAAUGGAAUAUUAAUGACAAGUCUUCAAAUGUUUCAACACUAAAAUUCACACCAAAAAGUAAUACUCAACCUGUAUUCGUUGACAAUUCAUUAUAUUUUUAUGAUAUUUCAACCAAACAAAUUCAUCUUUUGGAUCAAGAAAAAUACACAGUAGAUUUAUAUUAUUCAUUGGAGAAAGUGAUUUCAAGAAAACUUCAUGCAGCUGUCUAUGAUAAUAAUGGAUCAAUCUUUGUAUCAACAAAGAAAUCUAUUUAUAAGAUAUCAGUUAUCGAUAAAACAUGCACCAAAAUAUCAAAUCUUCCUUGUUUCAUUGAUAAAAAAACAACAAUUAAAAUGGUAUGUGUUAAUCAACCAAAUAGUCAUAUCAAAGGGGAUGUCAUUUAUAUUCUCAACGUAGAUCCAGAGGCAAUUCAUUGUUAUCAUAUAGAGUCUGAAUCAUGGCAUUUAAUUAAAUCUUCAAUCAAAAAUAUUCGUUCAAUUUCUGUAUCUUUCUGA